ACAAGAACUCUUACACAUGAUGAGAUAGAAGAGUUGCGUGAAGCUUUUGUAGAGUUUGAUAAAGACAAGGAUGGCUUCAUAACCUGUAAAGACUUAGGGAACCUGAUGAGGUCCAUGGGUUACAUGCCAACUGAAAUGGAGCUGAUAGAACUGAGCCAGAACAUCAAUAUGAAUUUGGGUGGACGAGUGGACUUUGAGGACUUUGUGGAACUAAUGACCCCAAAACUUCUGGCUGAAACUGCAGGGAUGAUAGGAGUAAAGGAACUUAAAGAUGCUUUCAAAGAGUUUGAUAUAGAUGGUGAUGGUGCAAUCACAUCUGAAGAGCUGAGGCAUGCCAUGGUAAAGCUAUUAGGAGAACACACCAGCAAGCAUGAAAUCGAAGCAGUGGUCAGGGAAGCUGAUGAAAAUGGAGAUGGUACAGUUGAUUUUGAGGAGUUUGUGAUUAUGAUGUCACAGAAAUGAGGACGACAGAAUGAAUAGAAGGCUGUGAAAUGGAGAUGUUUGUAACUGAAUCUGUUUAUAUGGCCUAUUUAUGGAUAACUUCACUAUUUUCUGUUUAAGUGGCAUUUGUCUCAUACACAUUCUUCUAAAGUCUAGUAAUUUUAAGUUAACAAUUUAUUAAUGAAUAUAAAAUUAUUAUAAUUGAAAUUUUGUUGUAAAUAGGCACCGCAUUUUUAUUUGGAUAUUUACUAUUCAGCAUGUUUGGCAAAUUUGUUUUUGUAUAGUUUGCCUUCGUAUAGUUUGCCCCACAGAUCAGUGAGUGCUCAGCUGUUUGAAAAGAAUGGCACUACUACUUUUUCUUGGUGAGAAGCUGAUAAACACGGUUGCACUGCAGCUAAAUAGGCCGGCAGUAGUAAAAUGAGAUGUCCGGCUUCUAGCUACUAGGCAUGUCAGCAGAAGUGAAAGUACAAUGUCAACAAAUCUGAGUGUGCUGCACUGUGGGCUGGCCUUGGAGGACUAAAGUAAAACAAAAUGCUGUCAACAUGUUAUCUUUGCUAUUAAAAAUGAGUGACAGGA